AUGGGUGGAGGAUUGGUCGCAGAUGAGAUCGGAAGUGGUCAAUUAUUGGAACAUCAUCGUGAAAGAACUCUAGUGCUGGUCGGUAAAACAGGCAACGGUAAAAGUGCAACAGGAAACAGCAUCCUAGGAGAAACUAGGUUCCGGUCAAAAGCAAGAGGAACAUACAUUACUAAAGAAUGUGAGCUAGUAAAAUCCUCACUACCUAAUGGUCUUGAAGUCAAUGUCAUUGAUACACCUGGUUUGUUUAGUGCUUCCUUGACUACAGAGUUCACAAGUAGAGAGAUAGUUAGAUGCUUACAUCUUGCUAAAGAAGGAAUCAAUGCAGUGCUUUUGGUUUUCACCUUGAGGGCUCGGUUAACAGACGAGGAACAAUCAACGCUUCGAACUUUCAAGAUCCUUUUCGGUAGUCAAAUCGUAGACUAUAUGAUUGUUGUUUUCACCAAUGGAGAUGCACUUGAUGAAGGAGAAACCCUUGAUGAUUAUUUGGAAGAUUGUCCUGAGUUCCAUGACAUUCUUAAUGAAUGUGGUAACCGAAAGGUGUUGUUUGAUAAUCGCCGCGAUGUCCCCGAAAGAAAGAAAGACAAGCAACUCCAAGAUCUUCUCAACCUUGUUGAACAAAUCUCAAAGAAGAACAAUGGGAAAUCAUACAUGGCUGACUUAUCACUUGAGCUAAGGGAGAAUGAGGCCACAUUCCAACAAAAGCAGAAGGAUAUUGAAGCAAUGAAAGUAUCUUCUAAAAAGGAGUCAUCUCUAGUGAAGGAGCUAAAGAACUCAUAUAAGCAAAUGCUUAAGGAAACCGAAGAGAAGGUCUCUAACCAGUUAAAGGAAGCUUUGAGGGAAGUGAAAGAGCAACUAUCGAAGGCGGAAGCCAGAAGAGAAGAAGCAGAGAAAAAGAUGAACGAAAGCCAGAAACUAUCGGCUGAUGAGAUCAAACAGCUGAGAGAAGAUCUCAAAAAAGCCGAGAAAGAGACAGAUGACUUGCGUACCAAACUUAACGAGAAGAAGUGCACUAUUCUUUGAUUAUAUCUUCCCAUCCUCAACCUGAUCAUAAGCUCUAAAGAUGAGAUUGAUGAGUUGUUGAAAGGGUAGUAAGAAGAGAGUUGAAGAAACAUAUACUUCUAUUUUUGUAUGACAC